AUGCGCUCGGCCGCCGUGACGGCUGUCGCAGCGAGUCUGCUGGCCGGCCUGAGCUUCAGCCUGGCUUCGACGCUGACACCUCCUGUGCUGCCACUGAUUGUCCGUAAUCCAUACCUCUCCACCUGGCUGGCCAAGGCGAGAGACGAGCCAUGGACCGAAUGGCCUAUGUUCUGGACUGGUGGAUCCGUAUGUCUUGCUUCCAUCUACCCUAUGCGCCUCGUCAUGCGCCAUACUAAAGCUCCACUGCUCUCGUAGAUCGGCUUCGGCGUGCUGGCAUCGCUUCCCGAGACAUCCACCGUCUACCCGUUGCUCGGCAAACCUCAUGAUUCCUUGGACCGCGAUAGCAGCCAUUACAGCAUUGCAUUCCCAGAAUACCUCGGUGCUCAGUACGAUGCCUCCACUACCAACCUCUCCUACGCCAUACCAUCGACCAAGUCCUCCAACGGCAGUGUCGAGCUCGUCUUGUCCUUCCUCUCUCCCAUCACCCCCACCUCGACUCUGCGACAGUCGAUCCCCGCGAGCUAUCUGACCGUCCAUGUCAAGGGAAACCUCGACAUUGAUCUAUACGUCGACGUCAACGGCCAAUGGGUCAGCGGCAAUCGCGGUUCGCACAUCAGAUGGAAUCUGCUCCAGAGCCAACAGGAGAGUGCUGGAAAGCUCAAGACAUGGAGGGUCCGCAGGAGCAAUGAAGAGCUGUUCACUGAAUGGGAAGACCGCGCCGAGUGGGGUACAUUGCAUUUCACGGGCCCUGCUGACGCAAACCAUGAGAGCGGAACUUCAGCCAUAUUGCGCAAUAGAUUCUCCAAGACCGGAACAUUGAAUAAUGAGGUCGAUGACUCCUUCAGGACCAUCAUGGACGAGGAGCCUGUGUUCGCGUUCAGCAAGUCGUUCAAUCUCAGUGGUGGUGCAUAUGGAGAUGAAGCAGUUGAAGACAGUGUCAUGUUCACCGUCACUCACAUCCAGGAUCCCGUGACACAAUUCGCUUCCUCCAGGGGCCUCACCAUGAUGAGGCCCUUGUGGAUGUCGUACUUCUUCUCCGACGAGGCCCUCAUCUCCUUCCACUACCACGACUUCAAGCAUGCGAAUGCUCUGGCAGCGGAUUACUCUGCGCAGCUCGCCAAGGAUGCCUACCGCAGCGGCAGCGACAACUACAAAGAUAUCGUAGAGCUCAGUGCCAGACAGGUGAUGGGUGCUACGAGCUUCAGUGGUACUCCGGACAACCCGAUCUUGUUCCUGAAGGAGAUCAGCAGCAACGGCAAUUGCCAGACCAUCGAUGUCAUCUUCCCGGCCUUCCCAUUCUUCCUCUACACCAAUCCAAAGUGGCUCGCCUACCUCCUUGAGCCACUCAUCGAGCACAUGCUGAGCGGGCAGUACCCGAACGACUACGCGAUGCAUGAUCUUGGCACCCACUUCCCGAACAUGACCGGCCAUUCAGAUGGAAGAGAUGAAUACAUGCCAGUGGAAGAGUGCGGAGACAUCUUGAUCAUGGGCCUCGCACUUGUCAAUAGUCUGCAGUACGGCGCGACGCAUGAAGCUGGCUCUCCGUGGAGUGCGCUCGGAAUGCCGAAGGACAUCUCGACCUUGGAAGCUCCGGGCAGUACCAGUCCGUUUGCUCUGCCGGCGACGCUGGAGACCAGACAGGGCAUCUUUGGACUUGACGAUCAAUGGGGUGGCGUGACUUCUCAGCGCCAAGCCGAGAAGUGGCUCUCCCGCAGCUACAAACUCUGGAAGCAGUGGACUGGAUAUCUGAUCGAAUUCUCCCUGCAUCCAGAAAACCAGCUUUGCACAGACGAUUUUGCCGGGUGGCUGCCGCUGAUGACCAAUCUUGCACUCAAGGGCAUCAUUGGUAUCAGGGCCAUGAGCGAGCUUGCUGAGGUUAUGGGCGAGAAAGAGGAGGCGAAGCACUACCGCAACAUUAGCGACUCUUACAUCUGGGUAUGGGAGCAGGAAGGCAUGGCUCACGAUGGUGGUCGCGCCAAGCUCGCCUACAACUGGCAAGGAAGCUGGACGACUCUGUACUCGCUGUACGCUGACGCCCUACUCUGCUUCCAUCCUACUCUCAAUUCCACUUCGGAUGCCGUGGACCAUGGCCGAUCGGGAUCUCAAAAGCCUCUGAUUGCGGGCGGAAGAAGCAAGUCUAGUGACCAUUUCAUUCCGGACCAUAUCUAUACCACACAAUCGAGCUGGUACAGUGUCGCCAUGCAGAAGUUUGGUCUACCCCUGGACAGCCGACACUUCUAUACCAAGAGCGACUGGGAAUUCCAGGCUGCUGCUGUGGCCGGGAAGAAGACGAGAACUCAGAUUCUCGACAAAGUGGCGUAUUGGUUGAAUGAGACCGUCUCUGAUCGGCCUUUUACGGACUUGUAUGAGACCGAGGGAGGUGGAGGGUUCCCUGGGCCAAACUUCUUCGCUCGACCGGUUGUUGGGAGUCAUUUCGCGUUCUUGACGCUCGAGAGGGCUUGUGGUGGAAAGGGCAGUGCCGCUUUCGAUUAUGACUGA